GCACUUGGUUAUAGUCUGACUGAGGAUUUAACCAUCCGGAGUCACACUGAAAACCAUUCUUCCUGCAAUCCACUCUUAGCUGCUAAUUGCUAACUUUGGGCAUGUCAGCUUCUGCAUCCACCGACAAUGCUAGGUCCUUUCUGAGAUUCCAUCUGUGAUCCAGCUAUUCAGAAAUUAAUGAAGUCGGUGACUCCGUGACAAUGUGGAGAAAUCAUGUCAGAAAAUGUGGUUUGUACCGGGGCUGUCAAUGCUGUAAAGGAAGUUUGGGAAAAAAGAAUACAGAAACACAAUGACGAUCUGAAGCGAGAGAAGGAAUUUCAACAGAAGCUCGUGCGGAUCUGGGAAGAACGAGUAAGUUUAACCAAGCUAAAAGAAAGGGUCACCAGCGAAGAUGGAAGAGUCAUUUUGAAGAUAGAAAAAGAGGAAUGGACGACUCUCCCUUCUUCUCUACUGAGACUGAAACAGCUACAGGAAUGGCAACUUCAUAGAACUGGUUUGUUGAAAAUCCCUGAAUUCAUUGGAAGAUUCCAGAACCUUAUUGUGUUAGAUUUAUCUCGAAACACAAUUUCAGAGAUACCUCGAGGAAUUGGACUGCUCACUAAACUUCAGGAACUGAUUCUUAGUUACAACAAAAUCAAGACUGUCCCCAAGGAAUUAAGUCACUGUGCCAGCUUGGAGAAACUAGAACUUGCUGUUAACAGAGAUAUAUGUGAUCUUCCACAAGAGCUCAGCAAUUUGUUAAAGCUUACUCACCUUGAUUUGAGUAUGAACCACUUUACUACAAUCCCUCCUGCUGUGUUGAACAUGCCUGCCCUUGAGUGGCUUGACAUGGGAAGCAACAGACUUGAACAACUUCCUGAUACUAUAGAAAGAAUGCAAAAUCUACACACAUUAUGGCUGCAACGGAAUGAAAUAACAUGUUUGCCAGAAACUAUCAGCAAUCUGAAAAAUCUGGGUACUCUUGUUCUCAGCAACAACAAACUACAAGAUAUUCCAUCAUGCAUGGAAGAGAUGACCAAUCUGAGGUUUGUCAACUUCAGAGACAAUCCAUUGAAAUUGGAAGUAACACUUCCUCCCAGUGAAAGUGCAGAUGAUGAGGAGGACCGGGAAUUAUUCGGACUUCAGUUUAUGCACACAUACAUACAGGAGUCACGGAGAAGAGCAGAGAACCAAGUAAACUGUCCAACUACUUUAUCAAUCUCUGAAAAUACAGAUGGAUAAUAGAAUUCAAGACACCUGCUGAAGAGGAUUACUUUGGGAAUUUGGUGAAUUCUCUAAUGUUUGAACUUCUAAAGUAAAAAAGCUAUUACCAAAGUUC